GGCUCCCCGCGGGUUCCCUCCGAUUCACGAAGCGAGGAAGGCCUCGGGAACGUCUUCUGGAGCUGCUCACACGCCAAGUGGCAUAGUCAAGGGGAGGCGUGCCCCCCUAAACAUGUUGGUCUGGCCCCCGGGUAGCGCCGCCGUCGCCAUGGUAACCGCGUGUGGCCGCCACUGGGCCAGCUCAUGGCUGCAUUGUUGUGGGAAAGGAGUGUGUAGUGACCCAGACUGGACUCACAGUAGCAAAAUGGCCUGGUCUCAGGCUCCCCCGCCCCGGCCACAAAGCAAAGCGCGCCCCUUCCCGGUGAUUUGGGGCCGCGGGUGCCGGCGGCCAUCCGGAGCUUGGUCGGGUCCCCGGAGGGACCCGUGGUGGAACCCGCCCUGAGGCUUUGGGAUUCCGCUGAAACUUUCAGCAGGCUGACUGAAUAAAGAACAAGGUUGGAGUGGGAGAAAAGAGGAAACUUUUUGUCUGCCAGUUCACAAAAAACUGGAAAAUGGACUUUGUCAAGAGAAUGGACAUCAUCAAUAUCACCGCCUUGCCAAUGAUCCCAUUGGACGAGCGCCUGGUGGUCUCUGCCAAUUCACGGAAAGUACUGGAGAAGGCUUUGAGGAAGCAGUUGCAAGACAAUCCACCCACAUGCAUUGUUGGCUCCAUGAGCCAGGUGAACCAGAGGAUUACUGAAAUAGACCUGGACUCCAGCCUGUUGACCAGCACCUCGGCAAUUGAGGAAUAUGAGUUGGAGAAGAAGUCUUUAAAAGAGAAAACUCACGGCAGCCCGGGAGACAAAGUCAAGCAACCAAAGGAAGAGCUGCCGAUAACCUGCAAAGGCUCAGAGCUCCGGAAUGCCAAGUUGAUCCUGUCCAAAAGGAAAACAGCAGAUAAGAAUCUGCUGGCAGAACUGCACCAGCAUCCCCAGUUUGACGAAACUAGGCCCAACAAGCUUCCCAAUGGCGUGGACUUCUGUGACAUGGUGGGCAACGUGAUCCGAUCUGAGAAAAAUCCCCUUAGUGGCAAGUCUUACUGUUCAGACAGAGAAUUAGAGAAGUUUCUGUCUUCUCCGUCCUUCAGCGCCAUCUGGCUGGACAGCUUUUGGUGGAUAUUUCACGAACGGUACCAGCCAAACAAGGAGAUCCAGCACAAACUGUUUGACCGAAUAGCCCAAAAUUACGCCAUCCUGCUGUUCAAAAUGGUCCGGACUCACUAUGAAGAGGCACUCAUAAAAAGGCUCCCGUCGCUCCUGAGCAAAGCCCUGUACACCAGCUUCUGCUGCUGCUUCCCCCAGUCCUGGUUCAACACCCACGAAUUCAAGUCGGAGAUUUGUAACACGAUGGGCCUGUGGAUCUCAGGGACAUAUCCUUGCCCACAGAGCUAUGACAGUUGGGACUACUCAGAACUGGAUCCAGAGAGGUUCCGGAGAGAAGAAUUGAUGUUACAGAGCAGUCGACUUAUAAGGGGAAGAGAGUUCACCCUCUUCACUUGUAUGAGAACCUCCUUCCCAAAGAUGGACCACUACAAAAACAAGAAAUUCCAUACCCUUCUGCGUGCAGAAGGACAUCCCACAUCACUGAAGCAGUCUUCCAGUUUCUCUACAACCCACGAGAGAGGCUUUCCAAGGAAGCUGACCGCAGAGGAAAGCUCACGAUGCAACCACAUGAAAGAUCACCCUGUAACAACCCUGUUCUCCAGGAAAGCCACACAGCAAGUCAAGAGGAUAUCAGAAGCCAGAGCAUGCAUGAAUUUGUUACUGAAAAAGUCCCACCCUGCCUGCAAAAGCCCCAAGUUGACUGUAAACCAAUUCAACCUUUAUGGGAAGAGCCCGCUAAUUAUGUACUACUUCCUCAACUACUCUAAGCUGCCGCUUAAAGGCCAGGAUUUGCUGAUCAGCCGGAGAGAAAAGACCAAAGUCGUCCCUGACUCUGUCAUGACUUAUGCUGACAUCAUCCACCUGGUCACGAAGAACAUGGAGACUCGGAAGAAACGGCUCAGGCAGCUGGACCAGCUGCACGAGAACGAGUGGGCCUAUUUUAACAACUAUCUAACGGAACUGCAGGAGAGCUUCGAGAGGGAGGUGAAGAUUAUCGAUCAAAAAGUAGCAGAAAAAAGAAAGGCCAACCAUAACCACGUUUCUUCCACAUUACUAUUUGAUGACUUGUUUUUCAAGAAAUCCAGAGGAACCCCCCAGAAAGAAACAGCUUUUCUCUCAAGGAAGAAAAAGAGGGAGACGGAAGAGAGACUGAAGGCUUUCCAGUCCCCUUUCUCAUUACGGAGCCCCAUGGACACCUAUUCCCUGGGUUUAAAAAGCCCCUACAGAAUCGGGUCUCCCUCCAGUAGCAGUGAGCUCGUCACCAAGGUUUCCAAAGCCACACAGGACGUGCUCUUUAGACUCUCACCGUCUUCCAUGGAGUGAACUCGCCCACGCACAGGCUCGGACUGCAGAGGUGGUGCCUGCGUCUUUUGGUGGAAUGGGAUAGAAAAUGGAAUCAGCAAUGGCAAACGAGAGCACCCCUGCAGCCAGGAGCAUGCUGAGUCUUCCCCAGUCCACGGGAUAAAGACGAUUAAAGGUUACAUCUACCACGAGCUGAAGUUAGGGCUGAGAGAAGGUGAUUCGCUUCAUCCAUUCAGACAUGUAAUUUCUUCUUUCAUUCCCUUAUUAAUGAUAACAACACAAUUCAACACGUCCUUAUGAAACAUAGUAAGACCUUGUUUCAAAAACCAGGCAAGCAGGGAGGGAGCUGAGCCAGGUAGUGGUGGCACACACCUUUAAUCCCAGCACUCGGAAGGCAGAGACAGGUGGGUCUCUGCAUUUGAGGACAGCCAGGGCUACUCAGAGAUACCCUGUCUCAAAAAACCAAAACCAACCACCUGAGACACUCAGCUACGUGGACUGAGCAUUUUCUGGAUUCUUGGACUUUCCAUUCAUAGUUAGCCAUUGUUGGAUUAGUAAGAAAGAGAGAUUCAUUCCAUAAGUUCUGUUACUCUGAAGAACCCUGGCUAAUACAGAUUUUGGUACCAGAAGUGGUUGUGGAGCAACAGAAAUAUAAGGAUGAAUCUUUUAAGCAUCUGGAAUAGUCUUUCCGAUUUGCUGAUACCUACAAGUACUGAAACUUCUCCAGGAAGCUCAGAAUGUACGAAAAGUCCAUGAUGUGAACUAUUUCACAAACUUACAGAGAUAAGUACAUUUGAUUAUUCUGAGUCACCAAACAAAUAAACAACAAACCAACCCCCCACAGUUCUGACUUCAAAUUGAGAACUGAAGGUGAAUUUUAUGUUUCAAACAGCCUGCUGAAGACCAGGAGAGGUGGCUAGAAAGAGCAGGGGAAGGAGGAUGGAGAAUUCCACAGCACCAGGGAAACUUGGAGGGUGUGUUCACUGUCCUGACAGGGGUGAGAGGCCUGCAGGUUCACACACCCAUAAUUUGCUUUAAGGGCAUGUAUGCUCUUGUGUUAACUCUACCUCAGGCUGUUGUUUACAAAUGCAUGUGUUAGCUAGGCAUGAUGGUAGAUGCCUGUAAUCCCAGCACCCAGGAGGUGGGAUAGGGAAGAUCAGGAGUUCAAAGCCAGCCUCCACCACAUCCCAAGUUCAAGACCAACCUGAGCUUUACUAGACCGUGUCUCAAAACAAACAAAACAUAAAUUAUAAACAUAGAUAUUUCGGAAUUCUGCCCACUGAAAUAAAAUUAGAAAUAAAAACUGACAGCAACCCAGGACACCCUGCCCCAGUGGUAGGUAAGUGGUCUACCACUGAGCUGCCCCCACCUCUAGCCUAGGACUGUGGCUUGAGAUAACGUUCUCACUAAAAGGACUCAUAUGAACACACCAGGCGGGUGUCCACUGGUUUCCCACACUGAUUCAGAGCACAUAGACUUGAGCCAGCUGUGAGUCUGGGGCAGCGUGUAGAUGGGAGUCACGACAGAUCCUGCCCCACUGUGUCUGUUUGUCAUUACUCCACGAAAAGCACUUGGAGCAGCGCCCAACUCCAGCAGGGGCUGUACAUGAUGCUGUCCUGCUCACUGCCUGCUCCAUGAACAUGUGGCCUCAUGGUCUCUUCCCUUUGCACCUGAGACCUGCUUUCUCUCCUGAGCCUCACACUGCAGAAGAACCACUUGCCCCUCCCUGAAGAAGCCUGGGUGGGUCUGUCUUCCACCCUGUAAGGCAGGCCAGCCCUCAACCAUCUUCCUGCUCAAUGCAAGGGUUACACCAUUAAGGUCUUCCCAGUGCUUGGGUCCCAGUGGCCCACCUGAUCUUCAUAUGACUCUAUGAAGACCACUCUCUGUCUCCAGUUCCCUGCAGGGCUCUGCUUCUUUAGGGCAGAUGUCUGUCUUUAUCUCUGUAUCCAGCAGAGAGCUGAACUGAGAAGUGUCUGAUGAGUGCUGACGCUGUACAUGGUCACAGGUAGGCCUCUGAUGUCUGUGUGGGAAGGUUAGGAGGUUUGCACCUUGGGAAAGGUGAACAAAUGAGAAAGUCCAAAACAUAUGUGUCACUUACAUGUAUAUAGUAAAUAUAUCAUAUGUCUAUACAUUAAAACAUUUCCAUAGAAUUCAUUCACUCAUGUAUGUUAAAAUAUAUGUGACACACAAUUAUUUAGGGCUUGCUCAUCUAUUAUCUAUAUUACGUUAGCUAUUAGCACAUAUCCUAAGUUUAUCUACAUGUUUUUUGUUUAAAUUUUUUUGUUUGCAGUACUAGCUGUGGACCCUGCCUGUGCUAAGCAGGGACUUUACCAGUAAACCACUCCUUCAUGUUUCAGGGUCUUGCUUAAUUUUCUGGGGCACCCUUGAGCUUGUGAGGCUCCCGCCUUAGCCACUGGGCCCAGCUGCCUCUACAUGGUUUGGGGGUGGAGGGUGGGAGGCAUGAUCAUGGAAGAAGUUCAAACUAUAGGAGUGGGAAUAUGUCUGCACCCCGAUAUCUGUAUUCCUUUAAAUCCUGCACCGGUUUGUAUUAUUUGUCUGAAGCGUGUCAUCCCUGCUGGGGACUACUGACCCUCCCAGAGCUGUGAAACAAGACUUCUUUUCUGGUAAUGGGAGUUGGUACAAACAUUUCCAGGAGCCUAAGAUUCUUUUCAAAGUCCCUGGAACUAUCUGUGCCUGCCCCAUAAGCCAGCUACACUUCUGGAAAUCUACCCUAAAGAAAACUCAGAAAAGAAGGCAUACAGGAGAUGUUUGUCAUCUCUGAUAAGAGGAGACACUUGUUGAUAACAGACAUUCCAUGGAAUUCUGCGCGACCAUUUAAAAGCUAGGUGGAAAGUGCAAAAAUAACCCUAGGGGUGUGGCCGAGUGGCAGGGUGCUUAUUGAGUAUGUCUGUUUUGGUUUUGUUAAUGUUUUCAAUAAAGAUCAAUUGUUUUUA